AUGACUCACUCGUACGGUUACCGCUCUGGCACGCGUUACAAGUUCGCUAGGCCUUUCCGCGGUCAUGGUAUGCCCAACCUGACGACGUACCUGACUACGUUCAGGCGGGGUGAGUACGUGCUGAUUAAGGGCAAUGGUGCUAUCCAGAAGGGUAUGCCUCAUAGUUAUUACCAUGGUCGUAUUGGUCGUGUGUACGACGUGACCAAGAACGCUCUGGGUGUGGAAGUCAUCAAGACCGUAGGCAACAAGCAGGUUGUGAAGCGCAUCCAUGUACGAAGGGAGCAUGUCCAGAAGUCCCGCUGCCAGGAGGAAUUUAACAAACGCCGCGCCGAAAACGACCGAAUCCACCGCGAACGCGCCGCUCAGGGCGUCAAGGAACCCAUUUGUCUAAAGCGCCAACCCGAAGGACCUUCUGGACCCAAGACUAUCGGCGCUGUUGAGAUUAUCGACUUCAGCCCACUCCCCUUCACCGAAUCCUUCUAA